AGCUGCUGGCACUUCACAACUGCACAUAUGAAUUGUAACAUUGGCGACUCGAUAUUAACCAAUACCACAGGAAAUAAACUUCCUUAUUCCUACCACAGCAACAACGUUUCCUUACCUAUAUAUUUCAACUUUAUGCAUUAUCAAUCAUUCCUCACCAACCAGUAAUAUUCUCAUGCUGUUCUUUUAAAAGAAAAAACUCACCCAGACAAAGGGUGUGCAGAUUCCCUCUCACUCCUUGUCGCUCUGAGAGGGAGACAAGUAUACGCUCAUUUACGACGGAAAAGUUGGAUUUUAGAACUGGCACGAAACUAACAGAUUUUCCUUUGGUGUGGUAUGGCGGAGGAUAUGAGCGAAGUCGAGGUGGAUGUCGAGAUUGAAACCGACGAGAGCCGGCGAAAGAAGCGCAAGGCAACUCGUGCCUGCGAUCGCUGUAAUUUGCAGCAUCAGCCAUGCGAUAAUGCUGUGCCCAAGUGCAGUGUCUGCAUGCGUGUCGGCGCCGAAUGCACUUACAAUAGGCCUGUACGUAAGAGAGGGCCUCGAAGUGGCUACACCGGACAGAAUGGUGAGCGCCUUUGGGCCAUUGUCCUCCAAGCAAGACCCGAACUCGAGGACAUCGUCUUGCAAAUCCUACGCAGUGGUACCUACGCCAAUACCGGAAUAUCCAACUUAGAUUACUUUAGAAACGGUGAUAACCAAUCAGAGUUGGUAACCCGAUUCAAGGAGAGUCGGCUGGGCAGAUUCCUACAAAAUGGAGAGAGCCCUGAUUUGCUCCUGCCCCCAAUCGAGCAGCAAGCUCCCUCGACAAUCCCUCUGGCACAGAACGGUAUGGGCAUGACUCAGUCUUCGAAUUCCCAUCGCCAAUCUAACAUGGCUAAGGGCAUGUCUGGGCGAUCUAAUCGAUCAAUGUCAUGUGCUUCCUUGUCGCAAACCGGCCCAGCGAAUCCUCAUGGCGCCCCCGAGAAUCCUGCCGAUAUAUACAUUCAAAGUGACGAAAUUCGACGACGGCCCCUUCAACCUGUCCAAACCCAAAUAUCCACCUACAAUGCAGGAUACUCUGCAAACAGUCCCCAGAAUUUUGGCCUUGACCGCACACCAUCAGCUAUGCCUGCUCGUCAGAAUUCUACUCCUUCUGGAUCUGUCAGUGGCUAUGGAAACCCUUCACCCUUCACGAAUGAGUCUCCGGCAGUAAGUCGAAUGAAAGUCGAUGUGGAGGUGAACUUUACUCAACAGCCACCGCCCCACGAUCCAGAUGGUCCACCCCCGUUGGUGCUUGGGGCAGACCCACGUCAUCUAGAGGAGACUUCUCGAUGGCUGGACUCGACGCAAUUUAACACGUUACGGAACCUCGGGUUCGUUCCCGGUGACGGAAUGGCGGCCGAUUUCCUCGAGUUAUGCGAAAACCCCGACCCUCCCGAUCCCAUUGACCACACACCGACGAAUUCGGCCGAUCAGGAUGAGGAUGAAGAAGCUGUCUGGCGCCGACUAGUCAUGCGAGGCAGGUUUAUAUGAUCACCGCAUAACUUUUAAUCUACAUUUAUAAAAAAAGAUGAGUUAUAAAGCACUAAUGCUAGGAAACUCGACCGACCUCGACUCGACCGAAGAAAAACACUUGCGAGCUUAGUGUUCUAAGAACUCCGAUAAGCUCUGAACAAGGAUACGGCCAUGAUUUCAGUUACAACUUUUUGGGUGGCCCUCCCAAUGAGGGAUAUUGUUGCCUGGAACUACUUCGACAUAGGUUCUCUACCUAUCUAGGCAUUAUACGGUCUUUUAGCAGGUAUCGUAGCCUACCUACUGACCACAGCUAAGUCACGUGAACUAGGUAGGUAGAGAUACCUGGGUAGUCUCCUAGGUUAGACGCUCGUUCGACAGGGAGUUCCUUGGUCAAAAUAUGGAUGGCUGGCAACCAGCAUCACGGUGAACAUACAUACAUAUUCUCCCCCUCCUUGGUUGGGGAUUAAGCCCGAACAUCACGUGGAUAUGUGUGAAAAAGCCCCAUCUGGAAACACGCUGUCCAUAGGUAGCAAUCAAAAAAAAUUGUGUAUCGCUUUCGUUGCCUUUUUGGCGAAGAAUAUGGCUGCUUAUUUCCAUUCUUCGCUGCCUCCCUGUGACGUUG